GUGAAGAGACGUGAAGUGGGAAGACCAGACUGAAACGGACAGGAUGUGGAAGACACCUGCAGACAGCAUGUCCGUCCACGACGACUCAUCCACCGUGCUGUCGGUCCGCGGCUCGGACGCUGGACUUGUUGCCGACACGGCUGAGAAGCAGAACGGCAAUGGCACCACGGCACUACCGGAUUUCUAUGCAAAAUCGCCCUACACCUCCACCCCCCUCAUCUCCCUCGACGUCGGCCUCGCCCGCACCCGCUACCGCCUCCACGCCUCCAUCCUCGCCCUCGCCCCCGCCCUCUCCCUCGCCGCAGGCAAACCCGCCCUCACCCUCUGGGCCGAGAAAACAAACGACACCGUCGCGCUCCCCGACCUCGACGCCGUCACUGCACACACGCUAGUCGCCUACCUGUAUACCGGGCGCUACGAGACGCUCGCGUGGGAAGGCGAGGCCGACAAGAAAGAGGUCGCCGAGUACAAGCUCGCAGCAUGCGUCUAUGCCGCUGCCGUGCGGUACAAGAUGCCCGGGCUGGCGGCACUCGCGCAGGGCCAGAUCGCCGCGCGAGGGCGGGCGCUGACGAUUCUGGAUGUCCUGGGUGUGGCGCGGGAUCAUGCGUUUCCAAUCUUGCCCGAGGAGGAAGGGUGGUUUGCCGGUUAUCUCGAAGACGCGAUCAAAGGCGCUGCGGCGAAGGAUCCGGGACUUUUUGUCAAGGAGGGGUUUGUCGAGAUGAUUGAGGGGGAUAAGAGGUUCAGGAAGGUUGUUAUGCGGGCGAUUGUGGGGACGUAUGAGAAGGUGGAGGGGGACGGGGGAGGGGGUGGGGGUGGGGAUGCGCCGCCGAUGGAUAGUCCUAAGGGUGGGGAUGGGCAGGGGGGCGGUGGCUUGAAAGGUAUGGCUGAGGGCGAGGGAGAGGGUGUCGACGGCAACGUGGACGAGUUUCAGCUUGCUGGUGGGAUUAAUGGCGAUGAGGAGGAUGUGGUCCAGCUUGAGGAGAUCGAGCCGAGUGUGCCAGGUGAGAUGGAGCAUAGACCUGCGAGCCCUGGGUCGCCGGCAGCGCCCGAGAGUGUGACUGAUGAGCUGGACUUGAAGAACAGCAAGACUUAUCAAAGUAUGGGGAAGCCGGUAACCCACACGAGGCAUGAUUCUUUCGUCGAGAAGGAUGUCACUCAGGUGGAAGACACUCCGGAGGUGGCUGGGCAGAAGGAGGAUGAGGUUGUGUCGCCCGCGGUAGAGGUCGCGUCUCCAGCGUCUGAGGUUGUGAUUGCGAACGGAACGAUUUCAUCUGCGAAGAAAAAUAAGAAUAAGAAGAAAAAGAAGAGCGGGACGACCUUUACGUAG